AUGGCGCACACACUCCCCCCGCUCCCCUACGCAUACGAUGCUCUGGAACCCAUCAUCUCAAAGCAGAUCAUGGAACUUCACCACCAGAAGCACCACCAAACCUACAUCAACAACUUGAAUGCUGCCCUCGCUGCCCAAGAGAUUGCAACGAAGUCAAAUGAUGUUCCCACCCUGAUCACUCUCCAGCAGAAGCUCCGCUUCAACGGUGGCGGCCACAUCAACCACUCCCUCUUCUGGAAGAACCUCACUCCACCCGGCACCCCGGGAAAUGAUAUCAGCCAUGCGCCUGUCCUGCGUGAGGCUAUCGCUUCUCGAUGGGGAUCCCACGAUGCCUUCGUCAAAGCCUUCAGUACUGAACUCCUCGGUCUUCAGGGUUCGGGCUGGGGCUGGCUCGUUAGUAAGGGUGGAGCUAAGGGGCGACUUGAGAUUCAAACUACCAAGGAUCAGGAUCCUGUCAAUGCUCCCGAUGUCCCUAUUUUCGGAGUUGAUAUGUGGGAACAUGCAUACUAUCUCCAGUACCUCAACAAUAAGGCUGGGUAUGUCGAGGGCAUUUGGAAGAUUAUCAACUGGGCGGAAUCCGAGAAGCGCUACACUGCCGAUGUUGAGAAUCCUCUGAAGCUGUGA